AUGCGUCCUAGGAGUCGUCAAGAUUUUACCGUCGCGAUUGUCUGCGCUCUUUCUUUCGAGGCUGACGCUGUCGAAGCCCUUUUCGAUGAAACCUACGAUCGGCUGGGAAGAUACUAUGGCAAACAACAAGGCGACGCGAAUGCGUACAUCAAUGGAAGGAUUGGCAAUCACAAUGUGGUCUUGUGCUACUUGUCAGGAAUCGGAAAAGUAAGUGCAGCAAGUGCAGCCUCAAGGUUACAAGUUAGCUACACGAGAAUUGAGCUUGCUUUAGUUGUUGGUGUUUGUGGGGGCGCCCCAUCCAGCCAUCAAGAUAUAUUCCUAGGCGAUGCUAUCAUCAGUGACUCUGUGAUAGCAUAUGAUUUUGGCAGGCAAUACCCUGGUGGCUUCCAACGGAAGCCUGGAGUCAAGGACAUACUCGGCAGGCCGAAUCGAGAAAUUCGGACUCUUCUGAAUGGCCUGAGGGCUGCUAAUGCCCUCAGUGAACUCCAAAACCAGAUGCAAGAAUAUCUUGAGACGCUUCAGCAAAAAGAAACUAAGUGGUGCCAUCCACAAAUCAACGAUAAUCUUUUCCAGGCUUCCUAUCUUCACAAACAUUAUGCACGUGCGUCUGAUAUUCAAUGCGGCUGUUCUGAGAGUGACGUACCUGAGGAGAUCUGUGACAGCGCACUAGAGGAAACCUGCGAUGAUCUUGGUUGUGACAAAGGCCAAGUGAUACGGUGUCGAGAAUUUGAGGAAGCUGCAAAAGCCUCUAUAUGUAUUGGCACAGUCGCUUCAGCCGACAGAGUGAUGAAACCCGGACCGCACCGUGAUGCAAUUGUUAGAAAGGAGAAAGUUAUAGGUUUUGAAACGGCAGGGGCAGGAGUGUGGGACAAUAUCUCGUGUAUCAUCAUUAAAGGAGUGUGUGACUAUGCGGACAGCCAUAAGAAUAAAUUAUGGCAGGAAUAUGCUGCCGCGACUGGAGCCUCUGCGGCAAAAGCUUUCUUAGAGUACUGGCCUCGGAAAAAAGAAGACACACCCAAGACGGUUCACUUCGUGGUCCCGUUUGCGAGAAAUCACCGCUUUGUCGGCCGGCAGGAGGAAAUUGACAGGUUAGAAGAAUUAAUCUCAACACCCGACGGGCCAAAGAAAAUUGCCAUUACGGGAUUGGGAGGGGUUGGUAAGACCCAGGUAGCUCUCGAACUAGCUUACCGUAUGCAAGACAGAGAGGAUGAGUGCUCAAUCUUUUGGAUCCCUUGUACCAGCUAUGAGGCUGUUGAACAGGCCUGCAUGGCCAUUGCACAAACGAUCGGGAUCCAAGCUGUGAAUCCGGCAGAGGUAAAAGAGCAUCUCAAGGCUCACUUUAGCCAAAGGAACGGGAAAUGGCUUCUGAUCUUCGAUAAUGCAGAUGACAUGGACAUGUGGAUGAAAGGCAGCAAGACAUCCUCCGCAUUAAAGGACUUCCUUCCUUGUAAUAACAACGGUCAUACUAUCUUUACUACUCGCAAUCGGAAGGUAGCCGUGAGAAUUUCAUCGUCUCAUGAGAUACAUGUUCCCAAAUUCAACGAAGAAACUGGAGUGGACUUUCUGGGAAAUGAGGAUUUUGGUGAUGAUGAACGCUAUAAGGAAAUCCAGAACCCAGUGAUCAAGACAUGGCUAACCUCAUUCUAUCAAAUUCAGAAGCUUGACGGACUUGCUUUUGAAUAUCUGUCGCUUAUGGCUUGUCUUGAUCCGCGCAAUAGUAUCCCGGAGUCCUUCCUUCCACGGCCGGCGUCAAAAAAGAAAAUGACUGAAGCUCUUGGGCUUCUAAAGGCCUACUCUUUCAUUGCUAUCCAACCCGGGAAUGGCUCUAUAACAUUACAUCGUCUGGUACAUCUGGCAACUCGAGCCUGGAUGAAAAACGAGAAACAAUAUGUAUUCUACAUAACAAAAGCAGCAGACCGAUUGAAUGAGGCCUUCCCUGGUAAUGACCAUACCAACCGACAACUUUGCCGAGAAUACCUGCCCCACGCUCUCUUCCUACUGAGUGAUAAUCAAUUCAAAAAACAACAAGAUAUGUAUAUUGACUUAAUACGGGGCGUGGGGUCCUGCUUAAGUAGUGAUGGGAGAUACAAUGAAGCGGAAAAGCUGUUGUCGCAGAUGAUGGAAACUCAGAAACAGGAGCUAGGGCCAGAGCAUCCUGACACUUUGGCCAGUAUGGCCAACCUUCCAUUAUCCUCCUGGAAACGAGGGCAAUGGAAGGAAGCAAAAAAGCUGUUUUCAAAGAUCAUGAAUAUCCGGAAACAAGAGCUACGGCCAGAGCAUUCUGAUACCCUGGCCAGUAUACACAACCUGCAUCAAGAUACCAAAACUAAGGACAAUGGAAGGAGGCAGAAGAGCUGGUGCAUGCACUACCUUGCAUAUACAUGGAAAUCCCUUGGAAAUAUUCAGCCCGCCUUGGAUCUAGUUAAUAAAUGUGUAGAGCUCCGCAACGAAGUCUUAGGCUCGAACUAUCCAGACUUUAUGUCUUCCUACAACGCCCUGAAGAACUGGGAAGCAGAAGUGAACUCCUCAUCAGCAAAAAACACAACAAAAUCCUCCUGCGAUCCUAUCCUUCUCGCACGAGGGUAUCUUGGUACAGGAAAGAAACGUCUCACUCUCAUCGCGCUAGCUUCGAUAUUGAUCUCGCUGAACUGUCCACGUUAUCUUUACAGCUCCAAGCCCAUUAUUAUGCUGCGGAUGCCAUUUUCGAGUCUAUAG